AUGGCUCUCUUUUUCUCUCUCAAGGGCUAUCUUAGAGUCUCUUCCCGUGAUUAUCUACUCUUGUCCAACCGUCCUCCAAAAGCAACAAAAAACCUAAAACCAUCUACCUCUAAACCAGAUCUUAAGUUGGCAAUGGAGUACGUGGAGUCCGGCAUGAUCCUCAGACUUGGCGUUGACAUCGGCUCCACUUCCAAACACGCAGUAGACCAUAUUGGUGAACUCUUGCGGCAAGGCAAGCUCCACAGUAUCGUCGGCAUUUCGACGUCGGAGAAAGCCCAUGACCAAGCCAUUUCCCUCGACAUCCCUCUAUCUGAUCUCGACGUGCACCUUGACGUCAACCUCGCCAUCAGCAACACUGAAGUAGAGGCUCCUCUCUUUGGCAGUCCCGCAGAUCCAAUCUCUGACCUACUCCCUACACGCAUGGUAUGGCAUCCCCAUGGGAGACCCACUCCUUCAAGUGGCCCUCAAUUGGGGAGCAGUUCAAAGCAUAUGCAACAAUAA